UGUAAAGCGGUAUAAAGUUUGUUGCUUUACUGAAAAUAUUUUUUCACACGGCACGACUGCAACUUAUUUUGCAUCAUUGAUGAUUUUGUGAUUCAGCAACAUUCGCAAAUAAAUAUCAGACAGUCAAGUCGUUGAUAAAUCCUCUUCCUUCAACAAUAUUUAAAAUUAAAUUAAAAAUGGUUAAAGCAGUUUGUGUUCUUCAAGGUGAUGUCUCAGGAACCAUUUUCUUUGAACAAUCUAAUGACUCGUCACCUGUUAAGGUCAGUGGAGAAGUCACCGGCUUAAAAAAAGGACAACAUGGUUUUCAUAUUCACGAAUUUGGUGACAAUACAAAUGGUUGUACAAGUGCUGGACCACAUUUUAAUCCAUUUGGAAAAGAACAUGGUGGUCCAACUGACGCAGUUCGUCAUGUAGGUGAUUUGGGAAAUGUUGAAGCUGGUGAUGAUGGCGUUGCCAAGGUCAAUAUUACUGAUUCCCUGAUUCAACUUCAAGGAGCUAACAACAUUGUUGGAAGAACACUUGUUGUACAUGCUGAUGUUGAUGAUUUUGGCAAAGGUGGUCAUGAACUCUCCAAAACAACUGGUAAUGCUGGUGCUCGUUUGGCCUGUGGUGUCAUUGGACUCACCAAGUAAAAUAUUAAAUUAUAAAAACACAAAAAUGUAUAUCAAAAUUGAAAUAUCAUUCCCAAAUGUAUUGUUGUGAUAAAUAAAUAAUACAUAAUUAAAUUUAUAUACUUGUUAUUAUCAUAAUUAUGUUGAUACAAAAAAAAUAAUUUAUAAUUACAUAAUUUACAAGAUAAUAUUAAUCAAUCAGUGUCUGAUCAAGUCUUUUGAAAUUAAUUCAAAUAAAGAUAAAUAGUAUAAACUCUUUGACAAACAAAAAUACUUUAUAAAGAAGAAAAAUAGUAAUUAUUAUGAAUUAUCGAUAAUAAUUUUGAUGAUUAUAUGAUCUUUGUUUGUUGUUUGGCAUAAUAGCCAUUGGUGGUGGCAUGAUUGGACCCCUUGAAUUGCCUUGAAACAACAUGUAGAUUAGCCAAUAAAUUCCACCAAUGCA